AUGUCCCUACUGCCCGUUCAAGUCGAAGAUCAAGUACGACAUGAAGAAGCACUGCCGCCGGGUGGCGGGCAAUGUAAGUCCUGCUACAAAAUCCUGCGGAACAAGGGCAGCCUGUACACGCACAUAAAGUACGUGUGCGGAAAAGAGAAGAAAUUCCAAUGUCCCUACUGCCCGCUCAAGUCGAAGAUCAAGUACGACAUGAAGAAGCACGUCAGCAGGAUCCAUCCUGAGAUGUCCGAGGCGUUUUUAGAGAUAUUCGAUCGGCUGUACUGCGAAUACUGAUCACAUUUGUUCUGUCGACUGUAG